UCACUUACGAUGAGGAUAUUUUCAAAUACAUUAUACCGUACAGUAAAUGUUAUGAAUCAAGAUAUUAUUAUAUUUACAUUUUAACAUUGUUAUUGUUGUUGUUUUUUUGUUGUUUAUUGUAACGAAUUUUAAUUGUUGUAUUGAAUAACGUUUUAUUUAUUUUGAAUUACACAAUUGUUUAUGAUAUAGUUAGUAGUUGAGUUGUGUGAUAUUUUAUAAUAUUGUUGUGAAUCUUCUUUUUAAUUAAUGAUGGCAAAAGCUAGAAUACGUUCUGAGCACAACACAUUUAUAAGAGCAUUUGAAGAAACCACAUCAGAGACGACAAGCUAUGCGGAAGAAGAACAUCGAUGGUCCUGUGGAAGAAUGUGUGAAUAUAUAUUUAUGCUGUUAUUUACAAUAAUAUUCAUAGCCACAUCGUUUUCAUUAUUGGUAUAUUGGUUAUGUAAAUAUCGUGAUGGUGUUAUCAUAGAAGUCAGUAAGGAUAGUGAUCCAAUACAAAGUUUCGAGGGUAAUGAAAAAUACAUCAAUCUUCAUGCGAUACUUAUGACAACUGGUUUAAUCACAUGUGGAGGAUUUGCGAUGAUGUUUUAUCGAUUGUUCAGUUGUUGUCCAAGAUUACUGACUAAAAUCUUGCAUUUCAUCAUUCUUUCAUUCUCAGGAGCAUUGAGUGGUUAUGGCUUAAAAGUUGCAUACGAAUAUCAUGUUGAACAUAAACCAGAAGAAAUACCACAUUUACGUUCAUUACACAGUUGGAUUGGUAUUGUUUGUGUGGCAUUAUUUGCGUUACAGUAUCUAAUUGGAUUUGUUUCAUUUGUUUUGCUUGCUUGGGUAAGAAGUUGUGACAAAAUAAGAGAGACAAUUGGAACUAUACAUGCUGCUUUGGGUUGCAUUAUUUUAGCGUUAGCUGUAUGCGCUACUUGUACGGCAUUACAACGAUUUUCUGAAGACGAAAAAACUACGCCAUUCAAUACCAAAGCACUUUUACUAAACGUUAUUGUAAUAUCCUUCGUUGGAGUAUUAAUAGUUGUAGUAUAUUCAGUACGAAGACCUCGAACACAAUAUGAAGCAAAAAUAUUUGUAACAGAACGAUUAUAAAUAUAAAUUCAUCGAUUCAAAUACAAAUAAUUAUACUGUGU